CUACCACCGCUUCGGAAGCUCUAACCAAAUCUCAUUUUCACCUCUCUACGACUGUUUUUUUGGUUGAUUUGAUUUGCAGAUUGUUUAAUCUCGGAUCGUUUGUGUGCUUGUUCUCGUAUAUUUCUGUGAUUGAUUUCUUAAGAUGGAUGCGAUUGUCUCUAAAAUGGGAGAGCCGAGGAAUUCCGAUUCCAUGGAGAAGCGACCGUGUAAACGCCGAAAAAUCGAAUCGGAGAAUCGAAUGCCGGAUAUUCAUGGCGCCGAAUCCACGGAUUUGAUAACACGGUGGAGAACAGAGUUGGAGCAGUAUAUUUACUCUUCAAAACUAGUUCAGGCUCUCCAUCGAAUCAGCCAGAAAUCCGCAUUACCGCUGGCGAGAUCUUCGAUUAACGGCCGGAAAGUACGCGAUACGGCGGAUCGAGUUCUCGCCGUUGCCGCUAAAGGCAAGACGCGGUGGAGCAGAGCGAUCUUGUCAAAUCGACUGGAUCUCAAACUCAAGAAGCAAAAGAAGGUGAAACCGGCCGGAAACUGCAGGUGGACGAAGAAAUUGGAAGUACCGAAGACGAGGAAAUUGCCGGCGGUACAGCGAAAAGUUCGAACUCUCGGCCGCCUGGUUCCCGGCUGCCGGAAAAUCUCAUUCCCGAACCUCCUUGAAGAAGCUACAGAUUACAUCGCCGCUCUACAGAUGCAGGUCCGCGCCAUGACAGCCGUUGCCGAGAUUCUCGCCGGUGCUCCGGCCGAUCGUCAAAACUUCAGAACGAACUCGUAGAAGCCAGGUCCAAGGCUUGGAAUGCCAGGUGUUUUUUUUUUUGUUAUGAAAUAUUUUAUUGUACACAUUUUAAUCUCUUCGUUUUUUUGUUUUGAAUUUGUUGAUUGAGAAGGGGUACCUAAUGCUGAUUCUCUUAAUAUAAUUAGAGAAGAAAAAUGAGCAGCAUGAAAUUAGUGAAUUAGAGUUUAUUUUAUUUCUUUUCUGUUCCUAUUCAACAUUGUUCAUACUUCAUAGUGAAAUAUUGAAACAACAAUUUGAAAGUGUUUUUAGA